UGUCCUGGGCACGUCCAGUCUUCCCUCCAUAAAAAUUCUCUUUCCAUUUUUUCUGACUCCGGAGCCCAGAAACAACGACGACGAUGUCUUCCCGACGACGACGACGACGACGACCGCCAGGAGAAGAAGAUGAAGAAGCACAACAACAUCAACAACAACAACAACCACCACCCAAUUUCGAAGUGGGCACGCUUGUGGAGAUCGCCUCCACCGACGACGGCUUCCGCGGCUCCUGGUACGCCGCCACCGUCAUCCGCGGCCCUUCGCCGCGGUCCUCCUCCGCCUCCUACGUGGUGGAGUUCCAGGAAAUCUACGAGGACGAGGCCGGCACGCGCCGGGUCACCGAGGAGGUGGAGGAGUCCCAGAUCAGACCGAUACCUCCGAACGAGCCGAACGUGAAAAGGGACUUCGAGGUGGGUGACGAGGUUGAGGCUCGUCAAAACGACGGGUGGUGGGAAGGCGUGGUGGUGGAGAGACUGAGGGGCGGGAGGUUCGGGGUCUUGUUCGAGGAGUGGAGAGAGAGGGUGGUGAGCAAGGUCGAGGACUUGAGGCUGAAUCGCAAGUGGGUUCAUGGGUCUUGGCUGCCUCCUAGUGCUGCUGGUGUUGAAGAUCCACAGCAGAAAGCACAAUCACAGUUGGAGAUGAAGGUUGCCAAAAAGAUGAAAAGUAACGAAUUCACUAGGGGCACUCCAGUUGAGGUGAGCAGCGAUGAAGAUGGAUAUCGCGGUGCCUGGUUUGCAGCAGUGGUUGUUGAAGAGGUAUCCAAGGGAAAGUACCUUGUUGAGUAUGAGAACUUGAGGACGGAGGACAAUGCUGAGUUUUUGAAGGAAGAGGCCGACGCUUUGCAUAUCCGGCCCUGUCCACCAGAAAUUGUAGUUGCUGACCAUUUCAAUUUGUUUGACGAAGUAGAUGCUUUGUAUAAUGACGGCUGGUGGGUCGGUGUGGUUUCUAAGGUUCUCAGCAAAUCAUGGUAUGUUGUUUACUUCAGAGACACCAAGGAAGAAUUAGAGUUUCGACACUCUAACUUGAGGCUACAUCAGGAGUGGAUUGGUGGAAGAUGGAUGAUUGCUUCCUUUGUACAAAAAACACGCGCCUAGUGUAAAUUCUUGAUGCUGCUUAAAGAGUUUGCAAAAUGUGAUUAAAGGGGAAUUCAGGUCAUGCUGGUGCAUGAGAAAGAUUUUCUGUUUUGUUUGUCAAGCAUGGACUAGUGACCUUGUGCUCAGUCUGGCCUUGAAUGUAGCGGUGGAUGACUGUCCUAAGUGGGAUUUUUAAAGAGCAUGGAUAGUUGUAACAUGAAUAUUUAUCUGUUUCAUGCAGAAAGAAGAACAUUUGGAGGAGCAAUUCAACAAUAAAUUGUUUUACUUUCUAGAUUUCCGGGCUUAUGAGGAUGUCAUCAAUGAAAGCAUGGACCUUUUCCAAGAGUUGAAAGAUAGACAGACCGUCGCAUUUAAGUACUAACACUUAAUCAGGGGUGAGCGGAUGCCGAACG